UUUGCUCCUCCGUGCCAGCAGGUGGCAGCGCUGUGCGCCAGAAGCAGCGGACGGUCCAAGAUGGCUGCGCCCUGAAGGAUGCCGCUGACAGCGUGAAGGUGCGGGACAAGUGUCAGUGAUUUCAGUGGAUGGAUUCUCUGUUGACUCUGAGGUGAAUUAAGGUUUUCCAAACAGACCACGAUGUCAAAGAUCUCCAAGGCAGCGAAGGCGGUGAAGAAAUUGGACACAGGCAAUGUAAUCCGGGCUAUAGUGAGGUCAGGACAGGCAACUCCCGGCCCCCCACUGGGCCCCAUCCUGGGACAGAAAGGUAUCCCCAUCGGGCAGUUCUGCAAGGACUUCAAUGAGAAAACCAAAGAGCUGAAGGAAGGCAUCCCGCUUCCCGUCAAGAUCCACGUCAAGCCUGACAGGACGUAUGACCUGAAGAUCGGUCAGCCCACCGUCUCUUACUUCCUCAAACAGGCGGCAGGAAUCGCCAAAGGUGCCGGCAAGACAGGCCACGAGACGGCGGGGAUGGUGUCGGUCAGGGCCGUGUACGAGAUCGCCCAGGUGAAAGCCCAAGACGACUGCUUCAAGAUGAGGGACGCCUCCCUCGAGACGGUCGUCAAAUGCAUCGUGGGCUCGGCGCGCUCGCUGGGAAUCAGAGUGGUCAACGAUCUUUCUGCAGAUGAGUACAAAGUCUUCCUGGAGCAGCGAGAGGAGAAGCUGAAGGCCGACGCUGAAGCAGCUGCGGCCGCCACAUCCGAAGCUGCGUCGGGCAAGAAGAAAUAAAAACCGCCCACGCUCUCCUGGAUUCCUUUAUUUUUGACUUUAUACAUGUCCUACAUUCUUGAGAAACCUGUGUUAAUAAAAGUUUUGUUUAAAAAAAAAAAGUCCCUUUUCUAACUUUGAUCUUUCCCCACCCACAUGUCUGCAACAAAAACACCAACUCUGGUUCUGAAACUAUUCAUGACCGUAAAUUAUUGGCUUCCCUGAGCUGAGAUGCUGAGGGUGUAAUUGUUCCUUCUCUGUAGGGUUUGUACCUUCAGUCUCUUUGAUGCUACAAUCCAUUUUUAACGCUUCUGGAAGCAGUUUGGCUCUAAGGCAGCUUGUGCAGAUGGAUUCCUCCAUAUUUCACCCUUUUUUUUUAAUCAUUUUGGGAUCUGAAACAUUCAGCACAUUAAUUAUUGGUUAAAAGUUUUGUUUAAUGUUUUGGGUUGUUUUAUUUUUUGCUGCACAAAAGCAGUCAGUGGUGAUUGUCAGAUCAUUGUGUUAAUAAUUAGGAACAUUGAGCCACGAAAAUGUAAAAAGAAAUUCCAUUGAAAAACAUUUUAACUUUGAAGAUGUUUAAACUGCAAUGAAAGAAGAUGAGACCUUGUCUCUUCAAGGUGAGGAGCUUUGAUUGCUUUAAUAUUUGAAAUAAUUGUUUUGUUGGAAGAAACACAAGAAAACAUCAGACUCUUUUGACCAGGAAGAAAAAAUCUAAAUAAAGUAUUUUGUCCCAAUA